AUGAUGUUUAGAGGUACUACCUUGGCCAGAUUGGCCACAGAAACCGUAAGGGCUCAAGCUCGUAUGGUAACAUCCCCUGCCAUGUUACAAAGCAUCCGUGCAACUGCCGCACCUUUGACCAUGAUUGCCACCACCAGAAGUUUAGCAACUAAGGGAAAUAACUCAGAAACUCCAAAGAAAUCCCAAUCUAUUUUGGACGAAGACAUGUUGGCUAAGGCCGGGUUUGAAGAUCCAGAAGUGCAAGCUGGUAAGAGUUCUGAAAGUGGAGAAAAUGCAACCACUGAAGGAGAAGACUCUAGCACAACCACUGAAUCUCGUUCUUCAAGAAGAAAAAGAAGAGCUCAAACUUCCAAGGACUUACAAAGAGAAAAAAUGGCUAAUUGGUUCUAUAUCAGUACAUUUAUUGGUGGUAUUGCCGGAGUUGGAUACAUGGCCAGAGACUGGGACUCUGAAGAAGAAGCCAAACGUUUGGAAGGUGAAAGUAUUGCCAAUGGAUACUCUCCAGACCUUAUGUAUAACCGUUUCAACAAGAGAUUAACAUCGUUGUUCACUUUUUUCUCCGAACCUGUUUUUGAAAACUUGUUACCACCUCCAGCUCCUGAAGCUUACCGUCGUCCAAUGACUCUUGUAUUGACCUUGGAUGAUUUAUUGAUUCAUUCUGAAUGGGAUACCAAGAAUGGUUGGAGAACCGCCAAGAGACCUGGUUUGGAUUACUUUUUGGGAUACUUGUCACAAUACUAUGAAGUUGUUAUCUUUGGAUCCAACAACCAAAUGUAUUCUGAAAAGGCUGUUGCCAAGUUGGAUCCAUACCAUGCUUAUGUUUCGUAUGCUCUUUUCAGAGAAGCUUGUCGUUACAAAGAUGGUAAGUUGAUUAAAGAUUUGUCUCUUUUGAACCGUGAUUUGGGUAAGACCAUUUUAAUUGAUGUUACUGAAGAUUCUUGGAGUUUACAACCAGAAAACGCCAUCCCUAUGAAGCCUUGGGAUGGUAAGCCAGAUGAUCAAUUGGUUAGAUUGAUUCCAUUUUUGGAAUAUUUGGCUACUCAACCAGUUAAGGAUGUUAGACCAAUUUUAAAUUCAUUUGGUGAUAAGAAGGAUAUUAUUGGAGAAUUUGCUAAAAGAGAAGAAAAAUUAAGAGAACAAUGGAAGAAGGAAAACCAACAUUUAUUCCUUAAUUCCAACAGACCAAAUGCAGGAACCUUUCUUGCUUCUUUAAUGGGUGUUCCAACUUCCCAAGUGAACAAGGAACCAAAGAUGCCUUUGGAUAUCAUCAGAGAACAUGGUCAACUUCAAUAUGAACAUUUCCAAAAAUAUUUGAAUGAAAAUGCUCCAAAGUUUUUGGAAGAAGAACAAAAAUUGAAGGAAGAAUUUGGUAAGGUUACUUUGAACAAGUUGAUCACUGAAGGAGCUCCAAACCCUGAAGAUAUUGCUCGUAUUCAAGCUGAAAGAGCUGCUGCUCAGCAAAAUUAA